AUGUUGUCAGAGUUGCCAAAGUAUUAUGGUGGAGAGUCGAUUCCAAGUGCCACAGGCAACGAUGACAGCGACGCCACUACCAACCACGUCAAUGGCUAUGGCAUCGAAGGCAACGAGUUCAGUAGCCAGCUGGACACUCCGAGUGAACAAAACACGGCCUCUAUCGAGCCGGUUGCCAUCUGCGGGAUGGGUAUGCGUCUGCCUGGAGGCGUUACCGACCCUGACGCCUUCUGGGACAUGCUUGUGAAUAAACGCGACGGACGUUGUUCAGUACCCAAAGACCGCUACAAUGUCCAGGCGUGGUACGCACCGGACAAAAAGAGACAUGUGCCUAGCGAGUAUGGCUAUUUUCUCGACAGCAACAUCAACCUCAAAAACGUGGACGCUUCCUUCUGGUCUAUGACUAAGAAAGAAUUGGAGAACUUGGACCCACAGCAACGGUUAGCCCUCGAGGUGGUGUAUGAAACCUUCCAGAGCGCGGGCCAGAAGCCGUCGGAGCUCCGGGGAAGGAAGAUUGGCGUCUGGGUUGGCAGCUUUGGUGGAGACCGGGCUGAGCUGGAUGCCCGCGAUCCACAAACCGUUCAUCCCUACAAUCUACUCAAUGGCUUCGACUUCAUGCCUGCAGAUCGGAUUCACUACGAAUUUGGAUUGAUGGGGCCGAGUGUUACUGUUCGGACAGCGUGCAGCUCCUCGCUAUUGGGACUACAUCAAGCUUGCCAUGCCCUGUUUCAUGGCGACUGCGAAGCAGCUAUAGUGGCGGGUACCAGUAUUAUAUGCUCCCCCACUCUAACCGUUACAAUGAACGAACACAACGUUCUAUCACCAUCGGGAACAUGCAAAACAUUUGAUGCUGAGGCAGACGGUUUUGUGCGCGGAGAAGCCGUGGUAGCUGUAUACGUCAAGAGACUCCGUGAUGCGGUUCGCGACGGGGAUCCAAUCCGUUCGGUGGUCCUUUCCACAGCCAGUAACUCUAGCGGGAAGUCUUCCACCAUGACGGCUCCGAAUCCAGUAGCUCAGGAAGAUUUGAUCCGGAGAGCUCACGAGCUAGCUGGUAUCAAUGACUAUUCCAAAACAGCAAUGAUGGAAUGUCACGGUACAGGGACGCCUGUGGGCGACCCUAUUGAGGCCAACGCGGUGGGCCGCGUCUUCGAAAACCACGGAGGCAUCUAUAUUGGCUCUGUGAAGACCAAUAUUGGGCACGUUGAAGGCGCAGCUGGCCUUGCGAGUGUUUUAAAGAUGACGCUUGCUCUCGAGAACGACACAAUUCCUCCAAAUGUCAACUUCCAAUCCCCCAACCCCAAGAUUCUAUUUGAUCGCUUCAAGCUCAAAGUUCCUACAGAGCCCACUCCUUGGCCCGAAGGGAGAGAUAAAGUCAUUGGCGUCGGCUCAUAUGGAGUAGGCGGAUCUAAUGCCUACGCACUUCUUUCCUCAGCUGGUCACCUUGGUAUUCGAGGCAGAGACACGGGGAGAAAUACAAAUCUGCCUGUCGCGUCAAUCUCUGGUGCAGAGUCUCCUAAGCUUCUUCUUUUCUCCGCCAAGCAUCCCCAGGCGCUCGAGAAGAUGGUAAACCGCCAUCAGGCCUACUGCUUAGCCCACCCUGGCCGACUGGGCAGCAUGGCGUAUACACUAGCUAUGAAACGGGAGACACUAGGCCACCGUGCUUGUUGCGUAGCCAAUGGCAUUGAUGACUGGGAAACUCUCAAGUCGACUCGUCACGGUCUGGAUGAGACGGCCCAGCUGGUCUUCAUCUUCACUGGGCAGGGCGCACAGUGGGCUCAGAUGGGGAAGUCUCUGAUACAGGACAUCUCCUCGUUCGAGAAGUCAAUAGCGGUCAUGGAUAACAUACUACAGGAGCUACCAGAUGCUCCGGAUUGGAAGUUGAAAGACCAGAUCCUAGCACCAAAGAAGGUUUCUAUGAUCAACGACGCACAAAUCUCGCAGGCUUGCUGCACAGCUCUCCAAGUGGCUCUCGUCGAUAUUCUGGAAACAUACAAUAUCAAGCCGAGGGCGGUGCUAGGUCAUUCCUCAGGCGAAAUCUCGGCGGCAUACGCUAGCGGAGCAAUCACCCAGCGCGAGGCUAUCAUCAUCGCGUACUAUCGUGGAAAGGUCUUGGGGGCUGUAGAAGGCUCUGUCGGCGGCAUGGCCGCUAUCGGUCUGGGAAAGGCGCAAGUCACACCAUACCUUCGACCCGGCGUGCUUGUUGGAUGCGAAAACAGUCCCAACAGCAUUACACUCACCGGAGACAAGAACGCGCUCGACUUAGUCGUUCAGGAUAUAAAGAAAGCUUACCCAGAAGUGCUUGCCAGGGCCCUGCAGGUAGACAGGGCCUAUCACUCCCAUCACAUGCAAAGCGUGGCUUUACGAUACCUUGAGCUUCUCCGGCCAUACGUGAAGCCCCGUGACCCAAGAACACUGUUCAUAUCAAGCGUUGGGAACAACGUUAUCUCUAAGGGAGCUGAUCUUGGUCCUGCUUACUGGGUUCAAAAUUUGGUGUCGCCUGUCCUUUUCAGUGGAGCUGUAAGUACGACAAUACAAGCACUGAAAUCGGAAAAGGUCUUCCUUGAGAUUGGCCCGCACUCUGCACUAGCGGGUCCCAUUCGUCAGAUCAUGGGGGCUGAGAAAAUCAACGCCGAGUACAUCAAUGUCCUCACCCGCGGCCGGGAUUCGCACCAGGAGCUACUCCGUGCUGUUGGUGAGCUGUGGCUGCAUGACCAGCCUGUGGCCUUGAACCGCGUCAUCAAGAAGGGGGAAGUACUUACAGACCUCCCACUAUAUCCUUGGCACUACGAAGAACCGCUAUGGCACGAGUCUAGACUCUCCGAAGAGUACCGUUUUCGUAGAUUCCGGCACCAUGAACUCCUUGGCAGUAGGAUUUCGGAGAGUACAAGCGCUAAUCCUGCUUGGCGAAACGUGUUACGUCUCGAGGAUGUGCCUUGGAUCGCAGAACACGAGAUUGAGGGCAGCAUCAUUGUUCCAGGUGUCUCAUACUUAUUAAUGGCUGGUGAGGCUGUUCGACAGCUCACGGACGAAGUCAGCUUCACCUGCAAGCAAGUAAAUUUCAAUGCUGCGAUGCUCAUGAACUAUGAGAGCCAGACAGAAGUUAUUACUCAGCUUACUAGGAUUGGCCUAACCGACUCGGUAGACUCAGAUUGGUACGAUUUCACUAUCUCGACCCACCGCGAUGGGAGUUGGGUGAAGCAUGCAUCUGGAAAAGUCCGUGGCGGCGGCGAAGGGGUAGACAGCAGCGUGGAAAUGCCCGGCGCUGGGGUCAGUCGCAGCAACUUUGCAAGGGUGUGCUCUUCCGUUUCCUGGUAUCGCAAGUUUAGAUCUCUCGGUCUAGAGUAUGGUCCCCGCUUUAGUGGCAUGGACGUCACUGCCGACCCCUUGACGCCGAAGGUCGAGGCGACCAUGAAACUUGUCCUACUUUCGGGAGAGGAAAGGUACUACUCUAUACACCCAGGAGUCUUGGAUCGUCUCGUACAAAGCUUGUACAUAGCCGCUGCACACGGCCUGACGAGAAAUUGCAAUACGCUAGCCCUCGUUGGUUAUGUUGACGAGUUCACCUUGACCCCUCCCCCAGCGCGAGCCGAAGAGUUAAGCUUGCUGGCCGAGGUUACGGAACAGAGACCUGGGUCGUUUUUCGGCAGUGUUUCUGCAUCCGUCGAUGGUCGAAACGCAGUCGUGAGCUCCAAGGGCUGGCAACUGUCUAGGAUCAGCGAGUUCAGUGAGAAAAAUACGAAUCUGAACCCCCACGGAGCUGCCCAGCUAGAGUGGCGCGAAGACAUUGAAUUCAUCGAUCCCGCAUCUGUCAUCUUCCCAGCCAUAAACGCCGACAAAGCAGAGCUAUAUCGGCUUCUGGAUCGGUAUAAUGUGCUGUCUAUGGCGCGCACCCUCGACAACGUACGCUGUUCUCCUGAACCAUGUCGACAUCACCUUAGCAAAUAUCGAAAAUGGCUUGAGCACGCGGUCAGUGGUUUCGCCUCUGGGUCACUCAAGUGCCCCGGCGUCCCGGACGCUGCCAAACUCGUCACCAUGACCGCAGAGUCGCGGGAUGAGCUGCUUUCAUCCCUCUUCAAUCAGCUACAAGGAACCAAGGUUCAUGCCCCAGCAACCGCUAUCAAGCGUGUUAGCUCCAGCUGCGAAGGUGUCUUUAAUGGUGAUACCAAUGAGCUUGAGCUCCUCCUAGCGGAUGGCGUCUUGCAACAUGUAUACGACUGCCUGCUUUUGGACACAGAUUCAUCGGCAUUCUUGUCAUUGAUCGGACAUAAGAAGCCGAAUCUUCGAGUGCUAGAAAUCGGGGCUGGAACUGGGGGCGCAACCGCCAGUACCCUUCGAAGCUUGACAUCAGAACAUGGGAAGAGAUUCUACCAGUCUUACACAUACACAGACAUAUCUCCUGGCUUCUUCGCUGAUGCGAGGGAGAGAUUCAAGGACUAUUCAGGACUGCAGUUCGCUUUGCUUGACAUCAGCAAAGAUCCUCUAGAACAAGGUUUCAAGGCCGCAUCCUAUGACCUCGUCAUUGCGUGGAACGUGAUACACGCUACGCCUAAGCUGAGUGAGUCAUUGAAAAACAUAAGAAAGUUGAUACACCCUCAGGGAUGGCUCCUUCUGCAAGAGAUCGCUCCCGUGACGCCGUGGAUCAAUCACUGUUUCGGAGUCAUACCAGGCUGGUGGCUCGGUGAGGCAGAUGGCCGCGUCUCCGCACCCCACGUCAGCUGGGAACGCUGGAAAAAGGAGCUUUCGGAGUCUGGAUUUGUUGAUACAACAAAUUCUUUCGACAGCUACACAAACAACAAUAUCGUUUCUCGACCAGCGUCCAGCCUAUACCGUCCAAAACGGGUAACGCUCCUGAAACACGCUGGUCAAGAAGUCCAAUACAUCCGUGCUAGUCUACAGGCGGCUGCAUAUAAGGUCGACGAAUAUGUCCUGGAGGACUUGACGGCAAGGCUAGCUCCAGGCCAAGACGUCAUCUCAACUCUGGACAUGUCAUAUCCCUUCCUUUCUAGUUUAUCUGAGGAAAGUUACGUUCAUCUUCAACGGUUUAUCAAAGCCGCCUGCAAUGAACAAUGUGGUAUCCUCUGGAUCACAGGCCCAUGCCAAGUCGGCGAAACAAUCAAGCCAGAGUAUGCGCCGAUACUAGGCCUCGCCCGCGCCCUACGAACGGAGCUAGGGCUCGAUCUUGCUACCUUCGAAAUGGACAGCUUAUCCAUGACGAGAGCGGCCGAAAUCAUCCAGAAAGUGUACGGCGAGUUUGAGAAGCGUAUCUCGGAUGAGGCCGACGCAAAUCCCGAGUUCGAGUGGGCGUAUGUAGAAGGAAAGGUCUUUGUCGGUCGCUAUCACUACAUGAAAGUCGCGCAAGAAUCUCAAGUGCUGCCGGAAAGCAUGACUGUGCGCAAGUUGGAGCAGCGGAAGCCGGGCUUCACCGACACACUCUGCUGGAAGCCGCUCCCUGCUACAGCACUUCAGAAAGGAGAAGUUAGGGUCGAUGUAAAGGCUAUCGGAAUGAACUACAAGGAUGUACUCAUUGCGCAAGGUGUCAUAACUGACAUGGCCGCCAUCGACGCCGGAUUCGGCCUGGAAUGUUCUGGCGUGGUCUCAGAAGCAGGGCCGGGUGUCGAUAAGGUGAAGGCGGGCGAUCGAGUCGCCGUUAUAUCGAGCGGUUCUUUCACGAACAACAAAAUUGUGUCGCAAGAUUUGUGCUGCAAGAUACCGAACAGGAUGAGCUUUGAGGAGGCUGCUGGCAUCCCCGUUGCUUACUGCACCGCGUUCCAUUCGAUAUUCAACUUGGGCAAGGCCAGCAAAGGAAUGAGUAUCCUCAUACACUCAGCGACUGGAGGGUUGGGUAUGGCGGCGCUCCAACUCGCCCAGACACUGGAAGCCGAUAUCUAUUGUACUGUCGGUAACCAAAGCAAGAGAGAUUUCCUCGUCAAAGAAUGCAAAAUUCCUCCGGAGCAUAUCUUCAACUCCCGCGACUCAUCCUUCUUAGCGAAGAUCAUGGCAGUUACACAAGGGCGUGGUGUUGACCUCGUUCUCAACCAGCUUUCGGGAGAGCUGCUCCAUGCGUCUUGGCAGUGCGUAGCAGAAUUCGGUACAUUCGUCGAACUCGGCCGCAGGGACUUCCUUGGACAUGCGAAGCUGGCAAUGGAACGAUUCGAAUCGAAUCGGACCUUUGUUGGUGUCGACUUGACGCACGUGUGGGUCCGGAAGCCGCGAAUCAUUGGGGCUAUCCUGGAACGGGUGGUUCACUUAUGGACUCAGGGUCAUGUCAAGCCUUGGAUAGCUUCCACCUUCUCAGCCGCUCAGAUUUCUCAGCCUUUUCGACUAAUGCAGAAGAGUCAACAUAUAGGCAAACUCGUUGUCACAAUGCCGGAAGACGCUAGUCUACAAGCGCUCCCUUCUGAGCCCAUCUACAAGACGCUUAAGCUGCGGCAUGAUCGGUCAUAUCUCUUUACUGGUGGUCUCGGCUCCCUGGGUAUUGGUAUAGCUACAUGGCUUGUCGAAAAGGGGGCUAGUGAGAUCAUAUUCUUGUCGCGCUCUGCAGGCUCUUUGCAAAAACAUGACCGGUUCGCCAAGGAGCUUGCGGCAUUGGGGUGCAAGGCGACGAUUGUGUCCGGUGACGUUGCCAAGUACGACGAUGUUGCGAGGGCUAUUGAUACAGCCAUGAUGCCAGUAGGAGGCGUGUUACACGCUGCCAUGGUUCUUCGGGAUAGCAGCUUCCUCACUAUGAGUUGGGCCGAUUGGCUCAUGGCAUCACAACCCAAGAUCGACGGAACCAGGAACAUCCAUGAGGCGCUAUUGAGGCAGCAGCCCGAAGUCAAGGUUGACUUCUUCUUCUUCUUCAGCUCUACUGCCACCACAGGUGGUUGGUGGGGACAGGCUAAUUAUCAUGCCGGUAACGCGUACAUGGAGUCUUUCGCUGCUUACAGGCGCCACCUAGGAUUGGCUGCUAGUGUGCUAAACGUCGGUUUCAUCAGCGAUGUCGGUUACGUAGCUGAUCGGCCUGGGGCGACCGACUCCGCUAAGGCGACAGGCCAAUGGUUCAACACGGAAGUUGAGCUUCUAGAUUGUAUCGAACGCUUGUUGAUGGAACUGUCAACUGGCACCGAAACCCCAACGCCUUCUUUCCGGGUACAAACGUGUCUACUGGCCAUGGGAAUGAGGUCUACUAUACCGUUAACUUCGAAAAGCUGCCGUGUUCCCUGGAAGAAGGAUCGCCGUAUGCUGGCCUUGCGCAGCCUAGAGUCAGAUGACUCUGAGGGACCCUCGGGCUCAGAUUUGAUGUCCAACGAGGAGCUCAACAGCGCGAUUCGGGAGCUCAGGUCUAACAUUGUCUCACUUCAGUCAGACGAGACGACGGCGUUCCUAGCUACGCAUAUCGGAAAAACGCUCUGUAGAUUCCUGCUAAAACCAGACACAGACAUCGACCUUCAUGCUCGACUCGCAGAUAUUGGGAUGGACUCGUUGGUAAGCAUAGAGGUAAGGGCUUGGAUUAGGCAGUGGAUGGGUGUAGACUUGGCCACGCUUGAGAUCACAAGUUCGGAAAAUUUAUGGAAGCUUGCUGUUGCAGUACAACAGAGAAUGAUUUUCAAGUACAACUCUAAGACAUAA